AUACGUACCACAGAUACGUACCUCUCUAGGCCCAGGGCCCAGUGUGUUGCGUGAUUUCGCGGUGAGAGGAUCAACGGAGCUAUCAAUCAGAAGGAGCACAUAUUCGAGACUCUCCUUUGGAACGUCAUUUCUCAUUGUCUCGAUCGAUACCGCUGAUCGAUACCUUCUUGCAAAACAUCCAAGAUCAAGCGGCGCGAUCUCCCGGGUUUCGGUAUGGCUCCGACAAUCAAGUUCCUUAUUCUCGCCUGCGCUCUGCUCGCCGUGACGAUGGCAGCCGAGUCGGACAACAGCGAGGGACAGCAAACCGGCAGAUCGCGGGUUUCUGACGAACAAUUAAAUAUAGCACUGAGCGACAAGCGUUACUUGACCAGACAGCUUAAGUGCGCCCUGGGAGAAGCGCCAUGCGACCCCGUCGGACGACGCUUGAAAAGUUUAGUGCCGCUGGUUUUGAGAGGCUCCUGCCCGCAAUGCAGCCCGGAGGAGACACGUCAGAUCAAGAAGGUCCUUUCUCACAUUCAGCGAUCCUUCCCGAAGGAAUGGAGCAGAAUGGUGCAACAAUACGCCGGAGUUUUAUAAACGAGAUAUAAUAUAAGCCGACUACGACGAGGCUGAAUGUACAAAAAUAUAGUUGUGGAAUACAAAAAAGAAUAUAUAAUAAAGCUAUUUACGUUUA